AUGUCGGAUAUUGAAGAAACAAUCAAUAGAAUCAAGACUCACAAGUCUGUUUAAGGAAUAGUGAUUUGCAAUAACGAUGGUUAAAUAAUAAGGAGUACCUACGGAACAGAAAGCAAAGAAGGAGAAAACAUAGCGAGAACCAUUCCUACAUUAGCUGCCAAGGCCAAAUCGACAGUGCGUGAUUUGGAUCCAAACAAUGAGUUAACUUUCUUGCGUAUCAAGUCUAAGAAUAAUGAGAUUAUGGUGGCACCAGAUAAAGAGUUCUUGUUGAUAGUAGUUUAAGGACCAAAAGAAGAAAAAAAGGAGGAAGAAUGA